UCACCUUCGCCACACGAAACUAUCAAGGUGGGAAUUGAACUAGCUUGCUUCAACUUUUUUGACAACAAUUUUGUUUGGCCUCAUUACAGAUCGACUUCAUUUCUAGUUGAAAUCAUUUCAAUAAAAGGGAAAUAUACAAGUGUGCCGUGCUUCCUUCUCCUAACUACUGUUCAUAACCCAAACCAACUCCUUCAGCUUGCCGCGUCUCACAAACCAACGAGAUCAUGACCAUCAACAUGAUGACAAUGUGCAAACAAACACAGACGUUACCAAACGUACCACUGUCCAUUGGCGGCGGGCACAGCCACAACCUCCUCGAUGUGUUGAAUGUCCACCGCCAGAAGGAUAAGGUGGUGAUCGUAAUGGGCGCCACCGGGACGGGCAAGUCAAAGCUCUCCAUCGACCUGGCCACCCGCUUCCCGGCCGAAAUCAUCAACUCGGACAAAAUGCAACUCUACGAGGGCCUUGACAUCGCCACCAACAAAAUAUCACCUCAAGCACAACGCGGCGUCCCCCACCAUUUGCUUGGAGUUUUAGACCCCAAUGCGGAUUUCUCUGCCGACGACUUCUGUGGGGUCACCUGCCUCGCCGUCGAGUCGAUCUUAGACCGUGACCGGCUUCCAAUCAUCGUUGGAGGCUCGAACUCAUACAUAGAGGCGUUGAUCGACGGCUACGAUAAGAUGUUCCGGUCAAGAUAUGACUGCUGCUUUCUCUGGGUGGAUGUAUCCUUACCCGUUUUGCAAUCUUUUGUUUCCGACCGGGUCGAUCAGAUGGUGGAGAACGGAAUGGUGGAGGAGGUGAGACAGUUCUUUGAUCCGAAUGCGGAUUAUACAAAAGGGAUCAGAAGGGCUAUCGGUGUGCCGGAGUUUGAUGACUUUUUCCGGAAUGGUCCGUCUUUGGAUGAGGAAACUAGAGCCUUGUUACUUGAACAAGCGAUAAUUCAAGUAAAAGACAAUACAUGCAAGUUGGCAUGUAGGCAAUUGGAGAAGAUUCGAAGACUUAGGAAUAAAGGGUGGAGUCUGCAUCCACUUGAUGCCACUGAGGUGUACCGGAAGCGUGGCAAGGAGGCUGAUGAGGCCUGGGACAGGCUGGUUUCGGGGCCAAGCUCAGUGAUUGUUCGCCAAUUUAUUUACAAUGUCAAGGCCGAAGUUCCCACAAAUCUCACUGCCAUCAGGGUUCCGGCCGCAAUGGAAACUGCAGCUCUUGCGGCUGCAACUUACUAGAAACUCGACCUAAUAUAUUUUAUAUAAGCCAGUUGUAUAUAACGUUUCUUUAACAACAUGCACAUGAGUUCUAUGAACGAGCGGCCAAAUGAAUGAGCUUCUCUAGCUUGGAGUCGCAAUAAUUUUUGUAGCAGUAGUACAUUUGGUUAAUCUUUUUUCCUGAUGGAUACAUAUUGAAGUAUUAAUGGGCUCUAUUGUCGAUCAAUGUCAUGGGAAUUUAGUAACCAUUGUCAAUGAUUAUAGCUUAGCUAGCUUAAAUUC